CUACGAACCUCUGAUUCACAGGCGUCGACCCGCCUCUCAGACCAAAAAGAGUUGUGGGAGCUUCCGGCGCUCAGUGGCCUUGUGGUUGCCUCGGUGAUGUCUUGGGUCAAAGCAGCCGCUUUGGUCCACGGUGAUGGGGAGGAGGGGGACGUGUUUGAUGAGGAAGUCGACGAGUCGCUCCUGGUGCAGCGAGAAUGGCGGAGCCACAUGCAGAGACGCGUCAAAGAAGGUUAUAGAGAUGGACUAGAGGCUGGCAAAGCACUUACUCUUCAGCAAGGCUUCAAUCAAGGUUAUAAGGAAGGUGCAGAAGUCAUUAUAAACUAUGGACAACUCAGAGGAACUUUGAGUGCUUUGCUCUCCUGGUGUCACCUUCAUGAUAAUAGUUCGACUUUGAUCAGUAAAAUAAAUAAUCUUCUGGAUGCAGUUGGCCAAUGUGAAGAAUAUGUGCUCAAACAUCUGAAAUCAAUCACCCCUCAGCCCCAUGUUGUAGAUUUAUUGGACUCCAUUCAGGAUAUGGACCUUUGUCAUGUAGUUCCAGCUGAAAAAAAGAUGGAUGAAGCUAAAGACGGAAGACUCUGUGAAAAUAAUGCCGAGUUUAACAAAAACUGUAGCAAGGGCCUAAGUGGGGUAGAUUGUUCAUCGUUAGAAUGCUGUGGAACACAGGAGCAUGCACAUUCUGAAAACCCAAGCCUUCCUUGGAUUUUAGAACAGACAGUCAGUUUAGUAAAACAGCUGGGAGUAUCAGUAGACAUAUUACAGCACCUCAAACAACUAUAAAAAUUAUCUUCACUUUUCUAAUGAAAAUAAUGUUCAGAACGUUUCUUAGAGCAUUUUGUUUCUCAACAAGCUUACCAAAAUUUGUACUGGUUUCUACAGUGAACACUUCAUUGUCCUUCAUGGAAGUUUGAAAUGUCUUCAAAAUUAACACUAUUAAAUGUAAUAUAAGCCUUU